GCCUGUCUCGGCAGCAGUGGCAGCAGUGUAGUAGUAAUCUGCCUGCCGCGCACUGAGCUCGCAUUUUGUGUCACGGUGCCACCGGGAGAGGGGCGACAGACUGCUGCGCGUCAGGGGACACCAGUCACCAUCCGCACGGUUCAAGCGACAUCCCGCCGCGGGCAAUGACAUUGGCAGACUGAAGUGGGAAUACACGAGAAAACGCAAAAAUGACGGUGGACUUUGAAGAAUGUAUUAAAGAUUCACCCCGAUUCAGGGCUGGCAUUGAUGAUGUGGAGACAGACGUGGUGGAGAUCGAGGCGAAGCUCGACAAGCUGGUGAAGCUGUGCAGUGGGAUGAUUGACGCUGGCAGGGCCUACGUCAGCGCCAACAAGCUCUUUGUCAACGGCAUCAAGGACCUGUCACAGCAGUGCAAGAAAGAGGAGACGAUAUCGGAAUGCCUUGAAAAGUGCGGAGAAAGCCUCCAGGAGAUCGUCAACUACCACAUGAUACUGUUUGACCAGGCUCAGAGGUCGAUUAAGCAACAGCUUCACACCUUCAUUAAAGAGGAUGUGCGUAAAUUCAAGGACACCAAGAAGCAGUUUGACCGGGUGCGUGAGGACAUGGAGCUGGCCCAGGUGAAGAACGCCCAGGCUCCCAGGAACAAGGUGCACGAGGCUGAAGAGGCCACACAGGCACUCAUCCUCAGCCGUAAAGCUUUCAGGCACCUGGCUCUAGACUAUGUACUACAGAUUAAUGUGCUUCAAGCUAAGAAGAAGUUUGAAAUCCUGGAUGCAAUGCUGUCCUUCAUGCGCGCCCAAUACACUCUGUUCCAACAAGGAUUUAACAUCUUGGAUGAGAUUGACCCCUAUAUGAAGAAACUGGCUGCACAGCUGGAUCAGCUGGUCAUCGACUCGGCCAUGGAGAAGAGAGAGCUGGAGCACAAACACGCCCUCAUCCAGCAGAGAACUCUGAUGCAGGACUUUUCUUACGAUGACCCCAAGUUGGAAUUCAAUGUAGAUGCGCCCAAUGGUGUGGUCAUGGAGGGCUACCUCUUCAAGAGGGCCAGCAACGCGUUCAAGACCUGGAACAGGCGGUGGUUUUCUAUACAGAACAGCCAGCUGGUCUAUCAAAAGAAGCUCAAGGACUCCCUGACUGUGGUGGUGGAAGACCUGAGGCUGUGCUCUGUCAAACCAUGUGAAGAUAAUGAGAGGAGGUUCUGCUUUGAGGUUGUUUCGCCCACAAAGAGCUGCAUGCUGCAGGCUGAGUCCGAGAAGCUGCGGCAGGCUUGGAUCCAGGCGGUCCAGGCAAGCAUCGCCUCUGCUUACAAAGACAUCGCCGACAAUUAUUACAUUGAGCGUUUGGACCGGACAGCCUCGCCCUCCACCAGCAGCAUCGACUCUGCCAGCGAGCCCAGAGAGAGGGGGGACAGGGCAGAGAAGGGAGUUCGGGGAGGCGGGGAAAGCCUCCUCCAGAGGGUACAGAGCCUGCCGGGCAACGAGCUGUGCUGUGACUGCGGACAAGCAGCUCCCUGCUGGGCCUCCAUCAACCUGGGAGUGCUGCUCUGCAUCGAGUGCUCGGGGAUCCAUAGGAGUUUAGGCGUCCAUUGCUCUAAAGUGCGUUCCCUGACAUUAGACUCAUGGGAGCCGGAAUUACUCAAGCUGAUGUGUGAAUUGGGGAACACUGUCAUCAACCAUAUUUAUGAGGGAGUCUGCGAGGAGCUGGGAGCGAAAAAACCUGGCCCGUCCAGUUCAAGACAAGAGAAAGAGGCCUGGAUCAAGUCUAAGUAUGUGGAGAAACGCUUCCUGAAGAAGAUGAGUGGGAGCGAGGCGUUGGUGGAGGGUGAAAGAAAGUCCCGACCCUGGACAGUGAAGAAGUGCCAGCGACACAACAGCUCUGUUCGGGCCCCCAACAAGGCCCGCAGGAAAUACCAUCGAUAUGAGCCGGGCAGCGCUUCACCUGCAAACCUCUCAGCAGCAGCUGCAGCGAAGUUUCGCCGGGACUCCCUGUUCUGUCCAGAUGAGCUGGAUUCACUAUUCUCCUACUUUGACACUGGCUCUGGUCCUCGCAGUCUUAGCAGUGACAGCGGCUUGGGAGGAAGUACUGACGGCAGCACAGACAUCCUGGUGUUUGGCUCGGUGGUUGACAGUGUCACAGAAGAAGAAGAGGAGUCAGAGGAGUCCUCCAGCGGUGAGGUGGAGAUUGAACAGGAAGUGUCUUCAGACCCCGAAGACCCGAGGGAGCUCCACCCAGGGGCGCUCCUCCACCGGUCUUCUCGUCUACACAACCUGCCACUCAUGGCGGAGGCGUUGGCACACGGUGCGGACGUGCACGCUGCAAGUGAAGAGCAGGAGGGCAAAACACCACUCAUUCAGGCCGUGGUCGGGGGCUCCCUGAUAGCUUGUGAGUUCCUGCUACAGAAUGGAGCUGAUGUGAAUCAGAGGGACAUGAGAGGCAGAGGCCCACUGCACCACGCCACCUACCUGGGUCACACAGGUCAAGUGUGUCUGUUCCUGAAGAGAGGAGCGUCGCAGACGGAGGUGGAUGAGCAGGGUCACGACCCCCUGAGCAUCGCUGUUCAGGCUGCCAACGCAGACAUCGUCACCCUAUUGCGUCUAGCGCGGAUGAAUGAGGAGAUGCGAGAGGCGGAGGCUCCCUUGGGUCAACCAGGUCAAUACCCCAGCAGCAGCCCCACUGAGCAGCAGUAUAGGAAGUGCAUCCAGGAAUUCAUCUGUCUCACCAUAGAAGAGUGCUAGUGGUCACUUCUGUAUCCAGGAGGAAAGCUCACGCUCCCUCUCUCUCUCUCUCUCUCAACAUAUAUUUACAGUUUAUUAUCCUCCUGGUUGGGAAUUAAAAAUAAUUGCUAGAUGAAGUUGCCUCUAGACACUGAUCUUACUGGUCUGUUACUUACGUAGAUCUAGGCUUACAGGCAACUUCUGUCUGAGGAGAGUGGAGCGUACCACUUGAGCAUUACGGGGUGUGUUGUGUCAUAGGGAGACCCCUGAUGGACCUUUUUAACUCUACUGACAAUACAGUCACCACCUCCAUUUUUCUGCAUCACCAUGAUUCUGCUUGCCAUUAUUCGGCGACAUCCACGCUACGCUAGCUUCAUGAGACACACAGUAAAAUGACAUCUGAUUUAUCCUCUAACUUCAACAUAACUUGUGUGGGGAAGUGGGUUUACUGUUGCCUAACAGCUCUUACCUGUGAAGACUUUCCCAGCAUUAACCCCCCACCCUACACUUUAUAUCUAUCCAGACCAUCUGUGUGACAUCCAACUUACCCAUCUCUUCUCAAUCAGAGAUGUAAAUAAGCAUAUUUAGAAGUUAUAUGGGUAAUCUUUAAACUAUGUGCUGUGGCAUGAGGUGAAAAAUGGUAUUUGUUCCAUUACUUAAAGAAAAAGAUUAACCGGCAAGCUGCAGUAGAGGUUGGCAGGGUAGUUUACUCUGUAUAAAAAGGGGUCAGGAAGGGAAAUUUAAUGUAAAACUGUGACAAAAAUACUGAAAGGCAUGUGGGGACAAGACCCUUGCCUGCUUUGUAAGAUAAUUUGUGGAGUGAGUGAGUGAGUGUGAGUGAGUGAGUGAGUGUGAGUGAGUGAGUGAGUGAGUGUGAGUGAGUGAGUGAGUGAGUGAGUGGACAGGAGAGUAAAUGAGUGCAUGUGUCAAAGAAUACUGAGAGACAGAGUUAAAUAAUAUGAUAUUAUGAUACAUUAUGUAAAGGGGAAAAAAAAGAAACUGUGCACUUUUUCCAUCUACAGUAUUAUCAUUUUUAAAUUUUUCAUUCAGUUAGUUUUUACAUUGUUCUUGUCUUGUCAAGUUAUUGUCUAUAUAUCUAUUGUCUAUUUUAUUUCUGUCUUUUUAUUUAUGUUUAUCUCCCCAGAGGACCAGUGCAAUGCAUUCUUGGGUGCAGUUUUCGUCUGCAUGCCUGUUAAUGAUUGUCAUUUUAAUCUGAAAGCAUUACUUGGAAUUUAUGACAGGAAGUCUUUAGAUUACAUCGUGUAAUAGCACUCAUAACAGACAUUUGCUUUCAUUUUCCCUUUGGAACGGCCUUACAUUGCUAUGAUUAUUGGCAUGCAAACACACCACUGAAAGAGAUUUUACUAGCGUAUCUAUUCUAUAUCUAUUCUAGUUACAAUAUACCUUUUUUUAAUUAAUUGCAGUCAUUCAUUGUUUACUAUGUAGGGCUGGGUAUUGCUUUAAAAAACUAAUAUCGGAACACUACUUUUUUUCAGAUUCCAAUUUUAUAAUAUAUAUUUUACUGAAAAUAAAAUACGUCAUUAUAGUAAGAGUCCUUUUUUAAAACGUUGCAGCUCCUUUACACUUUUUUGUGACACACACUGUAGUAAAGACUCUUAAAAUACAACAACACAUGCACGAGUCUCUUCUCUGUGCAAGAUGUAGGGUUUACCUUCCAGCUAAUCACAAGCUAUAAUACAUCGUGGCACAAGAGUGCUGCAUGAUUUUUGGCUCACUGAUACUGAUGAGAUUUACUCUUUAGGUCGCCCAUACUCAAUGUUAUGGAGGCGAUCCAGUAUCACAGUUCGGUACCCAGCCCUUUAACUGGUUUAGGAUGAGAACAUGCUGUUGUAAAUGUGAUAUGUAGACAAACCAGAGCAGCAACAAGUGAGGUAGUGUAUAAAACUGGAUAUAUUUCUCAUCCAUAAACAACUCUUCUGUUCACUUCCUUAUACAAAACAAAGGUGCCCAUGAUACCUCCAUUUUUUUGUAAAUACUCAUCCAUGUUACAGUAUCUGUGGUGAGAUAAAGGAGCACAUUUCUUUAGAGCAGUUUAGACAUUUGUGGGGUCAUAGGACUUUUAGACCUGGCUUCCCUCGCUGGUCAAUGCUUGCAGUGUUCCCUGCAUGCUUUGCCAGACUUUGUUUUUGGGAAGUUUAACAUCGUUUGCAUUCUGAGCAUGAUAAAAUAUUUUCCUAUGGUUUGAUCACGUCGUGCAGUGCAGUCCUGUGGAAUAAGCAUGUACCACCAUGACCCCUCUGGUGUCAGAAAUGUCUUACUUUUUGCACCUCUGUGCCAUUCUUCCAUCCACAGACUAAAUCUGUGGUGACAUCCUCAUUCCUGUCUUCUUUUUUUGUUCCCACAUAAGCUUUCAAACAGUGAUUUUAUUUUUUUUUAUGUAGUGGAUUAUUUUCCUCUGCCAAAGACUUUUUAAAGGGAAAGUGUCUGACAUUGUUGUAUAAUAUCACCUUUGUUUGAUUUGUUUGUUUUUUUAAAGGAACAGUUCACCCCAAAAUCAAAAAUACUAAUUUUCUUCUGAUCUGUAGUUCUAUUUAUCAAUCUAGUUUCAAUCUGUUUUGGUGUGAGGUGAGGAGUGUUGAAGAUAGAGACAGUUGAGGUGUCUUUCUUCUCCUGAAUAUAAUAGAACAGACUAAAUCAGGACCCGGUUACACAAGGUAAUCCACAGACCUUCCGCAGUUUCAUGGAGGAACUAUUUUUUUUCUGUGUCACUGCACAGAAGGAAGUAUGCUUCUACUCAUGGACAAGACUAUUAAAUAAAGGCCAGGACACACUCUUUGAUGCACAGUGUAACUAGAGGGUUACAACAGAUGGCACUAGAAAUAAAGGUUUGGUGUCCAGAUCAGAUUUUAAUGUGCAUGUGUCAUACCCAUUUGUCUCCUUACUUAUGGAUGAGAGGCUCUUGGUUUUGACACUGCAAGAUGAAAACAUUAAAGGCGUCCUUCUCAGCUGAGCUGUAACAGUAGCUAAUCAGGCAUGCUAGGUGAGUUAUCAAUAUUGGUUGGCUAUAGUAGAAACUAGUUCCUACAUCACACUGCUCGUAACAACAACUCACACCAAAACAAUCUAGAUUGAAAAAAACACUACAAGUGAAAGAAAAAAUGGUAUUUUAGAUUUUGGGGUGAACUGUCCCUUUAAACUGAAACUGUUCAGAGUAGAUACAGCAUAGUCUUACCAUGCUUUGUGAAGUGACAGAGUGGUAGAAACACUGUUAGUGUACUCACAUGUUGAAAAGAGGUCACAGAAAUGUGACAGUCCUGAGAGAUUUUGAUAUGGCAGGUUGAUAUUCUGCAAUAGUUCAAUGUACUGCAAGUAGAACCAGUCUAGGGGUCGAUGUGAAGCUACUGUGACCAAACUGUUAAGGGCCCUCGCUCUAUAGCGGAAGUAUUAAAUGUUGUGUCCAUUGUGUGUAUUGACAUAGGAGUGGUUAAAGGUGCUGUUCAAAGCAAACAUGCUGUAAAUAGUACACUUGUGUAUUUUAACUCAACGCCAACUUCCUGCCUCUCAGCAUUCAAUCAUGGAUCCUGACUGUCUGAUCUGGUUUUUGUUUGUCUUUUUAUUCUCUUCCAAAAAAAAAACCUGUCAGGCAGAACUGUACCACGGUUCUGCGCUACAUGGAGGCGUUUCUUCUGUUCACUGACGUUUGGAUAUCUUUGGAAUACUUUCUUCCUUGUCUUUAGAAGCACUGAGGGGAAAAAAAGAAAACAAAAUGCAUACAAUAAAACUGAGAAACUCUUGAUGAACUAACCCUG